GCCCGCCCCGGGGAAGGAGUCGGCGCCGCCCGGGCAGUCUGUCCCCAUCACCGGCGCUGCCGGGCGGCGGGGGGCCCUGCGCCGCCGCUUCACCCCGCCGGGCCCGGCCCGGGCCGCCCCCCGCGGCUGCCCCCGCUGCCCGGAGGGCGAGGAUGUCGGGCAGCACAGCGAGGAAGGUGCAGCCCUUCACCAUCAGCACCAAGCUCUCGCUGCCCAAGUGUGCCGCCGACUUCCCCGGGGACGCCUGCCCCGGCAUCGCCCUCGCCUCCGCCUUGGACGCUCACCGCGGCCUCCGCCGCAGCCUCAACGAGCGCAUCUCCCUCUACCUGGCCCAAGCCCGGGCCAGCCCCGCCGUCCCCCAGGGCCCGCCCCGCAGCCCCAGCCCCGGCGGCGAUGGGGGCACAGACGAGGAGCGGCCGAACCGCAGCUCCCUGGCCCGCUCCAUUAAGAAGAUCACGCUGUCCAACUGGCACGGGGAGGCCGGCGCCGGGAACGCGAGGGGACCCGUGGACCAGGACCGGUCUGGCAGCGAGAGGAACCACAACAACAACAACAGCAGGCCGGGGAAAGCUCAGUUUAAGGUGUUCCUGAGGAAGGACGUGGAUGCGGAGGAUGAGCAGCAGAAGGCCGGCAGUCCCCGGCCUGGUGCUUUCUGCUCUCUGGUGGACAGAGGCUCCCCCUUCUAUGCACUGGCAGGGACCCCUCCAUCGUCACUCCAGAAAGACAGCCCCAAGGGCAAAGAGCCCACUGAGGCACUAAGAUGUGGUGGACAAAGUGGGCCAGGAGCAGCCCCCCUUCUUGACCCCAGCCCUCUGGUAGCCCAGUUCAACCGGGAGAUGCUGCAGGCAGAGGGCUGGGUGCGAGGCAAGCUGCGGGACCUGAAGGACGGCUGUGACCUCCAGGACUGGGAGGAGGUGGCUCAGACCCUGCAGCGAGACAUGAAGGAUUUCGAGAACACGCUGAUAAAGCUGAACCAGAUGGGUGAGCAGCUGAUGUGUCGGGCGAGCCCCAGCGCUGAGGCGGUGCACAGGCAGCUGCUGGCCCUGCGGGACCAGUGGCAGCUCCUGAAGCAGACGGCUGCCAGCCAGAGCAAAGCCCUGGGCGGGCUGCGCAGCCUGCAGGACUUCAACAGGAAAGCUGAGCGACUGGAGGCAUGGAUCAGGCACAAGGAGGAGAAGCCCUCCCUGGCUGCACUCUUGCAGGAAAGCCCAGACAAGAUCCAGCUCACUCGUCGCAUCCUUGAUUUGAAGCAGGAGGAGCAGCAGUUCCAGAGUCUGCACAAGGAGCUGAACAGCCUGGCCCAGAAGCUGGAGAAACAAGGCAAAAGUGAGAGCAGGAGCAUCUCAGCCCGGCGAAAGCACCUCAACAAAAUGUGGCUGCGGCUGCAGGGGACCCUGAAGGAGCACCACGAGGCCCUGCAGCUGGCCCUGGAGGUGGCUGCCUUCCUUCAGCAAGCAGAUACCCUACUCGGGGCCAUCCGCGCCAAGCAGAGGAGCAUCUGCAGCAUUGGGAAGCCAGGGGAGAGUGAGCCAUGCCGCGACCGGGAUGUCAGGGACAUAGCCAGCCAAGUGAUGAUGCUGGAUGUGACCGUGUCCCAGCUCCUCAGCCUGCAGCCCAGCCUGGCAGCCCGGGUCUCCCCCAAGCACCGAGAUGUCAAGGAGAGCUGGGUGCAGCUGCAGCAGGCACUGAGGACAGAGAAGGCUCCAGCACUGGUGAGCAGUUCCCUGGGGAGUGAAGCUAUGGCUCUGAGCCCUGAGCCCCGAGGAUACAACAGCAGCCAUGGGGCUGUGGGGAAGGAAGCAGGAGACAAGAGGACAAGAGGCCCCAGGAGCAUGGUGCCAAAGGAUGUGCUAGAGAAGAUGGCAGAGAACAAGAGAGGGGAGGAGAGCAGCUCUGGCUCCCCAGUCGUAUGGCAGACCCCUCAAGGAGGGGACAGCAAAAGGAGGAGGAGAGAGGCAGAGGCUGAGUGUGGGACACAGCAGCCAGAGGCCCUGGUGCAGGAUGUCUGCCAGGCGGUGAACACGGAUGUGUCCCCGCACAAGGAGCACACAGGUCCUGGGGUGUCCCUGUGUUCUGUGGGGGACCCCGAGUGCCGAGAGGCAGCACGAACGCAGCAGGAGCCACUGGACACCAGCUCCAGUGCCAGGGCUGUGCUCCUGGAGGGGCCGGAACCGGGGGAGCCCUCACACAGCCCACAGGUGGAGACCAUGCUGCAGGAGCUGGGGGAGCUGUGGGAGGACCUGCAGAGGAAGCACCAGGAGAACGGUGCCGUGCUGCGGGAAAUUGAUAAGGCACUGAGGCUGGUGGGGGAGCUGGACCGGGCGGAGCGGUGGCUGCAAGCGGUGGCUGGGUCGCUGUCAGAGCCAGCUGCCAUGGGGAGCCCAGCGGAGCUGCGCCAGCGCCUGGAGGAGACGGCCCAGCUGGAGAAGCAGCUCCUGCUGUGCGGCCUCAAGCUCCAGGCGCUGCGGGAGGAGGUGGCAGACGAGCCGCCCACCAAACACGAUGGGGCAAGGAAGAUGCAGAGGAAGGUGGAGAUGGUGGAGGAGAAGUUGGCACGUGUGCAGGCAGCUCUGCGGUGCCGGGCAGCAGACCUGCGGGACUCCCUGGUGCUGUCCGAGUUCCUGCAGGACCUGCAAGAGGAGGAGGCACGGGGUCGACAGGGGCCUGCAGCGCCAGGGAGCGGGCGUUGUGGCUCGCAGGGGUCUUUUCCCCUGCUCUCAGCCCACGUUAGGCAGCUGCCAGGCAGUGAGGACAUGAGCCGGCCCUUGGGAGAGCUGCAGGAGGCCGUGGAGAUGCUGAAUGAUGCAGCAAAGGAGCGGGAGCGGGUCAUGGAGGUGGCAGCAGAGACGGAGAGCCUGGAGCGCCGGGUGGCAGAGGUGUCCCCACGCCUGGAGGCCCUUCGAUGCAGAGCUGAGACACUGGCUCGAGAUAUUGCCCAAGCAGAGAGCAGCUUUGCCGUGGUGAAGAGCGAGAAGGACCUCCAGGGACUGCAGGGCCUGCAGAGCCGGCAGCAGGAGCUGGAGCGUGCGGUGUCAGAGACCCUGCAGGGGCAGCUGGAGGAGCUGGAGAGGGCUUCCACCCACUUGCAAGAGCUGUGCCCCGCGGGGCUGUGCGCGGCAAGCCAGGAGGCGCAGGGCACACUGCGGGCCUGGGCUGGGCUGCAGGACCGGCUGCAGCAGAUCCGGGCCCACAUGCAGCAGGCUGGCCUCCUGCACCACUUCUUCAAGGAUUACUUAGCCAUGAUCUCCUGGACAGAGGACACGCGGGCUCAGAUCUUCUCUGAAAGCCCAAGCGGCCACAGCCACCCAGAGACUCCAUGUGAGGAGCUGGAGAGGAGGAUCGAAGGCAAGCUCAAGGAGUUUGAGGCACUGGCAGCGUCGGGGCAGCAGCUGGUGUCUGAGGAGCACUACCUAAGUGCAACAAUAAAGGAGCGCUUGGAGGAGCUGCAGAGCAUGCUGGGCUGGGUGCUGGUGCGCUGGCGAGCACAGAAACACCAACGGGACCCGGGAAGCAAGCAGGAGGACAGAUGGGACUCAGAGAGCCCCUCAUGUACAUCCCCCACCAACCAAGAGCAGCAUGUCCUGUGUGCUCAGCCCCAGCUGGAGAGCAUCCACAGCCCAGUGGAGUUCACGCCCUGCUCCCUCUUGGAGCCAGUGCAAAGACAGGAGCCACAGCUGCCAACGGGAGCAGCCCCUUCCCCACCAGCCCUGUCAGGAGUGGGGUGGAGCUGGGGGGAGCCCAGCAGCUCGACACCCUGCAGCGUGGAGCCCCCCAAGAAGGCUGUCAUCUGGGAUCCCGCCGAGAGCUCCACACUACUGCUGCCGCCACGGGGCCCCAGCGGACUAGGCGGCACGGUCAGCCUCAUCCUCAGCAUCGGCAAGAAGGGCGAGAGGAAGAAGGGGCAGUUGGUGUCUGUGGGCGAGCGGCUAGGGGAGGAGGUGCCGGCACCGGUGGAGACUGGGAAGACCUCUGUCAUGAAGCGCCCGCCCACUGUAGCCUGCUGUGCUCCAGCAUCCAGCAGUGGGCCACCAGCAGCCCCCCACACCCUGCCCAAGGCUGGUGCCGGUUCCCUCUUCAACAGCCUGCAGCGGCGGGAGCGGGCCCGGGCUGAGCAGGCCCAACUGCUGACACUGCAGGGCAUCAUGGGUGCCAGCUCCCUGCAGCCCGAGCUGGAGGAGCACCAUGGCCCCAGCAACACGUGGCCUAAGAAGUGUGGCUGGAGGAAGGAGGAGCCAGGGGCCGCCGCCGAAGCCCCGCUUGGGGGGGAGCUGCUGCUCUACGUCAGGAACCCGCUGGUGCGAGACAUCGAUGCCGAGAGUGGGGCGACGCUCCGGAACCCAGGCCUCCCCAACCCAAAAACCAUGUGCCCCCAACUUUCCCUGGGCUCUGUGCUCAGCCUGGAACUGCCUAGGGAUGCAGUGGUCCUGGGGUGCCAGCAAGGAGCCGUGGUGCGGCAGGAGGAGGCAGAGGGGCAGGAACGGAGGCAAGGCAGGAGGGUGAUGCCACAGGAGCCCCCAGGCACGCAGCGGGCUGGAUGGCAGAAGCGGGUAAAUGUGAAUGGGCAUGGUUCCCAGAGGCUGGGGACAUCCCUCAAGGGAGAACAAGGAACAUGGUUUGAGGAGGUGAGCUUCAACCCCAGCUACAGCCAGCACAGGGCACAUGGCACUGGGGAGGAGCGCUGGAGCCCGCUGAGCCCCGGCAGCACUAGUGAAGACCUCUUGGACUUCAGGCCGAGCCAACCAUCCCACGUCAGCGUGCUGCAUGAGCGGCUCAGCUGGGAUGGGGACGAGCUGGCUGCCCAGCUGGGCCAGGAUGGAAGCCCCCAUGGCAGGGGCAGGGCUAGGCAUUGUGAAGCUGCUCAGCUGGAGCUGGGGCCAUCCCCUGCCGGCAUCCCUGGCAGGGCAGGGGCAGGAGCCAUCCCCGGCACCACCUCAGCUCAGCAGCCAGCCGGCAGCAGCCAGCCCGGCCCACCCCCAGCUUCCCCCACUGCCCCCACACAGCGCUCUGUCCUCAAGUGGGCGCUGGAGUCCCCACAGCCCCACAGCCCCAUCCCAGGUGUUGGGGGGGUUUGCCACCCUGCCCAUGGGCAGUUUGAGGAAGAGGAGGAAGAGCUGCAAGCCAUCUGGGAUGGGGCAAGUGAGCAGCAGGCAGCCAACCCUCUGGCAAGCAGCCAUGCCUACUGCCAUCCAGGGAGCAGGACAGGCAGCCUGCCCAGCCCUGACGCCGGUGCCGGCAGGCCUCUCAUCCUCUCAUCAGCCAACAAUGUGCUAGUGGCCAAGUUCACCCUUCCCACCGCCACCCGGCUCCUCCGCAGCACGUCGAGAGAGGAGUGCCCUGGCAUGGGGCAUGGUGGCGGCAGUCCCCGUGGGCACGGGGCAUCCCCCUACGCUGGACAGCCAGUGCCCACAGCCCCCUCGAACAGUCCCAGCGCCCAGGACCAGCAGAGGCAUGGGGAAGAGGAAGCAGAAGGCAGCAAGGCCCUCCCUGUUAAAACGGAGUUUCAGAUGAUGGAGGGGACGCUGGAAAGGAAGCACGUGUUGCAGGCAGGAGGGAGGAAGGCCAACUGCCGGGCCUGGGGCCUCUUCCACACCGUGCUGAUGAGGCAGACGCUGUGCUUCUACCAGGACCGCAGGGACAGCCUCAAGAGCUCUGUGGUGGCCCUUCCCCUCAACCUCUCCGGAGCGGUCUGCACCCCAGAUGCUGAGUACACCAAGAAGACCAACUGCUUCAGGCUUCAGCUGCGAGAUGGAUCUGAGUACCUCCUGAGAGCCCCCUCCCAGCGCCUCAUGAAUGAAUGGGUCUCCAAGCUGCAGCAAAACUCAGGUUUCCCCGAAGUGGAUUACUUUCAGGCAGCAGCACAGCGUGUUGAGAGCCCCAGCGGUGCAGGGGGUUUCAGCAAGGUCCCCAGCCCUGGGAGCUCCCACCUCCAGGGACAUCAUCAGAUCGCAACAGCCAUGAGCCAGGAGAUCAUGGUGCUGCCCCACUCGAACGCCUGGCUGCAGUGGCCUCCAGGCAGCCAAGCUGGCCCAGCUGAGGGGGCUGUGGCAGCAGCAGAGGAUACUCAUGGGCCCAAGCAGAGGGAGCAGCAGUGGUCACCCAGGGGCUCCCCCGCGCUGUGGGACAACAGCUGCCAAGAAGAUGACUAUGGGUUGGUGGCAAACAAGAGGAGGUCCUACUCUUUCACCUCAGCCACCUACCAGAAGAUCUCGCCGGUGUCUGUGCCGCAGGAGGCGGGGGAGGCCGGGAGCAGCUACUCGGUCACGCUGUACAUCGGGGAGCAGGCGUCGGCCGUGCCCCGGACUCGCUGCCGCUCUUUCGUGGCCCGGCCAGGGAGCCCGCGGGACGCGCCGGCGGAGAAGGCGCCCGGCCCCUCUCGCCCCAAGAACAAAUCCGUCUUCAAGAAGUUCUUCGGGAAGAGGGAGUGAGCCUCAACCCAGGGGGACAAAAGCCCUAGCCUGCCUUUCAGUCUUCUCCCGGGUGCCCUCCCGGCACGGCCUCCGCUCCCAGCACCAGCUCACCGCUCGCUGCCUCCCCGGGGGAGAGAGGCCAUGGCAAGUGGCUUCCCUGCCACCGGGCCCGGAGCUGCACUGCGCCGUAGCCCCUGCAGCACCGGCUCCAGCCUGGCGCCCAGCACUCCUCCCGCCCGACCCCCGGGAGCUCUCCCUGGGUGCCUCCUGCCCACGCGCAGCACAAGCAGGGCUGGAGGUGGGGAUGGGGUUUUUUAAUAAAAACAAACAGACACUUA